UUCAAUUCCAACCAGCAGGAAUAGUAGUUCUCAUUGUAAGAAAUGUGGUCUAUUCUCACAAUUUUCUGUUUGGUUUUUCAUAUAAUCCAGCUGGAAGCAUUUGUUCUCCCAGAUGACAAAAGCCUUCAGGUGGAAGAUGAAGACGCAAAACUAAGUACUGUUCAACUCGCUACGAAGUACGGCUACCGAGUUGAAACACAUCACGUUCAGACCGAGGAUGGAUUUAUUUUGGAGUUACAUCGAAUCACCGGGAGCGGCUCAACGAUAUACGACAAGCAACUUCCUCCGGUGCUGCUGAUGCAUGGAUUGUUCGCUUCUUCCGCGGAUUGGGUUCUUCUUGGUCCUGGCAACGCGCUGGCUUAUCUCCUCAGCGAUAUGGGACACGAUGUGUGGCUCGGCAACGCCCGGGGUAAUCGAUACUCGCGAAAGCAUAUCAGCUACAGUCCCGAUAUGAACAAAUUCUGGGAUUUCUCGUGGCACGAAAUCGGAGUGUACGAUCUACCCGCAAUCGUAGAUUACACGUUGAAUGUCACGGACAAGGAGAAGUUGCACUAUAUUGGUCAUUCACAAGGCACGACCGUGUUUUUCGUGAUGUGCUCCGAGCGACCGGAGUACAACGAGAAGGUUCUGUUGGCUCAGGAGCUGGCACCGGUCACUUUUCUGGAACAUAUGAACAGUCCGUUGUUGAAGGUUAUCGUGAAACAUCUUGAUGCAAUCGAUAUCAUCGCAGAUCUUUUCAGCUGGAAGGAAUUCAAACCCAUUCCUUCAGUGGUUCUUGAAGUGGCGAAAAUUCUAUGUCCCCAAUCAAAACCGAACAACUUGUGCGUAAAUUUACUUUUCCAAAUAUCCGGCGCCAAUCCAGACCAAGUUGACCCUAAAAUGGUUCCAAUUUUUUUGGGACACAUUCCGGCGGGGUCUUCAACUAAGCAGAUACUGAACUUCGGGCAGGAAGUGCGCUCGGCCCUGUUUCGACGGUACGACUACGGAAAGCUGAAGAACAUAUUCGUGUACGACCAGCCGGAACCACCAGCCUACAAUCUGUCCAGGGUCGUUGCACCGGUCAUCUUGCACUACGGACCCAACGAUUAUCUAACGCACGAAAAGGAUGUGCUACGGUUGGCGAAAGAACUUUCAAAUUUGGUCGAACUCCAUCGAAUUGAGGUGGAACUCUUUAAUCAUUUGGAUUUUCUCAUAGCCAAAGAUGUAAAAGAUAUUUUGUAUGUAAAGCUAGUUUCAAAUAUUGAAAAAUAUAAUAAUGAAUAGAAA